AUGCGGCCUCCGACAUCCGCCCUGGCUCUGGCAGCCUUCCUCUCGCCAGCGACCGUCACGGCGGCAUGCAAUCGCGACCUCCUCCAGCAGUCGGCUAAUGAGUUCAUCCAGGCCCUCUCCAUGGGCAUGGCCGACCACAUGCAGAACAUUGCCACGCAAGGGUUCACCUACCUCGAGAACAACAAGCCCACAGACAUCAAAGCAGGCGUCGUCUCCAAGUCCCCACACGUAGCAUUCAACCGCACCCUCGCCGACAUGCAGGUCUGCGCGACGUUCACAGAGAUGGUGGCCCCGGGCCCGGAGAAGCCGUACCUGAUCCACGCGCAGAUCCGGCACAACGCCAGCGAGGAGAGCAACGCGGUGUACCUGAUCGACGCGAUCGUCGCUACGACCGGGUCGUUCAAGGGGUUCAACGCCUCCGAGACCAUGAGGCUAGCCGAGGAGGAAGACUGGGGCUUCGUCCCGCAGGACACGUGGGACACGCGCGCAACGCUCGUGGCGGCGGGGGCCAUGUACCUCGAUCUGGUCGAGACGCAGAACCCGUUUGGCCGCGUGGCCAUGGGAGACCCGUGCCAGGUCCUUGAUGGGUCGCAGUACGGGAAUUGCACUUCGGUGGGUGCGACAGAGCUGACGUACUCGAGCCGCCGCAGUGUAGUUGACGAGUCGGUGGACGCCAUCAACGUCUUCGCCCUUGGCGAGCGGAAGGAUGGGAGCAUGGCUAUGGAAAGCGUCACCUUGCGUCUUGGGGUCGAGAGAGUUCGCUAUGUACAUAGUCUUUCCGUUCCAAUUGAGGCGUCAUGA